CGGGCAGGGCCCCGCCUCCGGGCGCUGGGGCAGGAGGAUGAAGGUAAUUAAACAUUCUGAGCAGAUCCUGAAGACAGCAUUGAUCUCCAAGAACACACAGCUUGUGAAGCUGUAUGAGAAUCUUGAGUCUAGGGAGAAGUGUUUGCUGAAUGAAGCGUUUCAGCCAGACAGUGUUCUCUUCAGACCCAUCACUCUUCAUUCGGAGUCAGACUGGAUCUCCUCACACCCUGAGCCCACCCAGGACUUUGAACAGUUUUAUAACGAUCCUUACAGAAGCAGACCGACAUCUCAGAAAAGUGCCAUUUAUGUACAGCCCAUUGGUUCUUUUGGGGACACCAAAGUUAGUACGGAGGAUUAUAUGAAAUGGUUGAAGGAUUACUGUGAAGCCUUUUACUAUGGCCUAUCUGUAAAAAUCCUGGAGCCGGUUCCUGUUUCACACACAAAUUGUGCUUUUCGAGUGAAUGAGUACACAUGCAAUCUACAGAUUCAUGCAGGGGACCUCUUGAAAUACCUAAAGAAGAAAAAGCCAGAAGAUGCUUUCUGUAUUGUUGGGAUAACAAUGAUAGAUCUUUAUCCAACGGAGUCCUGGAAUUUUGUCUUUGGCCAAGCCUCUUUGACAGAAGGAAUGGGGAUCUUCAGCUUUGCCAGGUAUGACAGUGACUUUUAUAGUGCGAGCUACAAAGGCAGACUGAAGAGAGUCAAGAAGCUUCCCUCAGCAGACUAUUCAGUUUUUGAUGGCUAUUAUACUCCUGUAAUCAGCAGUCUGCUGCUUCUGAGGUCCUGCAAGACCCUGACCCAUGAGAUUGGGCACAUCUUUGGACUCCAUCACUGUCAGUGGCUGCAGUGUGUGAUGCAGGGUUCCAAUCACCUGGAGGAAUCAGACCGACGCCCAUUGGAUCUGUGUCCAAUUUGUCUGCGCAAGUUGCAGUCUGCCAUUGGCUUUCACAUUGUGGAGAGAUACCAGGCGUUACUUGGGUGGAUGGAUGAAGAUGGUAGUGGAAUGGAUGCUGAACUCAGAAAUGAAGCCAAGAUGGGCUUGCUGAAACCUGUGGAAGCAUUUAAGGAGUGUCGAGAGUGGGUAUUAAAAUGCCUUGAUGUCUUGCAGAAAUAAAGCUGUAGGAUGUAUGUAGUAUCAAAGGGGAAACAUUCUCCUCUAUUUAAAGAGUUACUUUCAGGUUGACUACUUCUAAAACUGUUGUUACUUGAUAUGGAUCAUCCACUGCAUUGUAAGGAUCUGUAAAUAAAAAUCCAUC